CCCCCCAAACUGCCUAAACCAAUUCAAGCGUCUCUCUUACAGAAAUCAGCAGGGACGUCAGACAUGGAGGUGGUUAUGGAAGAAAGCCAAUUAGGGUUUCCGUACUGGAGCUCAGUUCGACGGAGAUUCGGCCCAGAAUCUCCUUUCUUUACUUCCGGAAACAUUGAGAGAGAACUUCUCGCCAAACAGGUUGCAUUGGACUUAACUGAAGAUGAAAAGCAACAUCUUCAGAAUUUGGAAGAUGAAGAAGGCAGGGGCUUAUUUUGUCCAAUUGUUGGUUGUGGGGCACGCUUGACUUCUUUGGAAGGCUUUGAAGAUCACUAUAAUGCACGACAUACUGCAUCUUGCUCGGUUUGCUCAAGAGUUUACCCAACAUCCCGCCUGCUCAGCAUACAUGUGUCAGAAGCACAUGAUUCUUUCUUUCAGGCAAAAGUUGCUCGUGGUUAUGCAAUGUAUGAAUGCUUGGUCGAAGGCUGUGGUAUGAAGCUUAAGAGCUAUAAAAGUCGUCAGCAGCAUCUGGUGGACAAACAUAAAUUCCCCACUUCCUUUGAGUUCUUUAAGAAGGGCCAGCCAUCCAAGAAACGGAGGCAGAAACUCCAACGUAAACAAGCUGUUCACAAGAGGGAGGAGGCUUCAAGCACCAUGGAAAUAGAAGAAGAAACUAUUAGUGGCCUUGUUUCAGCAGUCUCAAAAUUAAGCACUUCAGACUCAACUCCUUCCUCUGUCAGCUUUGGCCGUCACCACACUCGUGGCUUCACAUUUGUCCCUCGUGCUGUUCAGAAUGAAAAAAGGCCAGACUCCACACAAGCAAUUACUAAGAGAUAGUCAGCAUGCCUGCCAAUCAAAUUUGGAUCCUCUAUAUAAGUGCCCUGUCUUCUCUUUGUACACGGAGAGUGCAACAAGCUCUCCAGCUUGUUUCAAAAUUUCGGUUCUAUGAAUAGGUACAUAAAUUUAUCAAUUUUUGUCAGUGGCUUGGAACUGAGUACAGCUGGGCUGUUCGAAUGAUCUUCAUUGCUGUUGAAGAUGUAUGCUCUCACUCUCAGAAACUUUCUAUGCGAAAAGAAAUCACAUGCUGGGUACAGACCAUUUGGAGAGGCUGAUAGCUUGUGUAGGUUGUCAUGCAUGGAGUUUCCCUAUGGCUUCUAAAAAAAGUCUCUAAUCCUCCCUUUGUAUUGUGAUCAGGCUCCACGUACUUCUAUGUGAUGCUAUAAUGAAUUAAGAAAGUUGAAUGCAUGAGGUGAAACUCCAAUUUUGUACUUGAA